UUGGGAUGUUGAGUUGAAUCAGCAUGUAGCUGACACUCUCCCUAAGAAAAAAAGAAUCUGGUGUAAAAAAAAGAUGGGAAAAGCGACAGCAGUGACGCUACUUCUUCUGCUCUCAUGCAUCGGCGGGACUUUUGGGCAGUCCUGUGAGGUCAAAUGCGGGCAAAUGUCCGACUCGUGCUCCUGUCACCCAACGUGCACGUCUCUGGGGAGCUGCUGCGCGGACUAUAAGGAAUUCUGCGUGGAAACAUUCCCGCACUCUGGCUCCAUUUUGGGUGGGGUGGAUUUACUUGUCCUUAAUGCGAAGUUUGACAAAGGAUCCCCCCUUGUGUGCAGGUUCAAUGGUGACACCGACACUGUGGGCUACGUGGAUGACAGCGGGCGGGGUCACUGCAUCGCCCCGCUCUUGUACCAAACUGGAUGGGUUAGCUUGCACGUCUCCUCCGAUAACGGCACGGCGUUCAGUCGAGCUGGAGCCUGGCUGUCAGUGCACACGGGCAAGUUAGAUGCCAAAUUCAAGGCCACGCUGGUCAACUCAACAAAGUGGCAGUACUACGGCACGCCUCAAGUUGGGGGUUCCCUGGAGAUGGCGUGGAACACGUCACUGGUCCGAGCAGACCGAGUCAACAUUGAGCUGUGGGGUUAUAUAGAGAGAGGGAAGCCCUAUUCAGAAGAGUGGCUGGCAGAAUGGAAGUAUCUGUACUCCAUUGCCAAAGAUCAACCCAACAAUGGCGCCUUCAGCUUCGUGCCACAGCCAGCUCUUCACUUCUCCAGUUGGGAGCUCGGUGCGGUCCGCGUCAGCUCCAGCGUCCACUCGGACGGCAUUUGGAAUGUGCAAGCUGCAUGGACCGAGGACCACGCCCUGGCCUGGCACCUGGAGGAGAAGUUCAGGGAGGACUCUCAGGCCUGGGCCCUGGAAAAAUGUUUGGCGUGGGAUCAGCUGGAAAUAACGCUGCCAAACUUCCUCAACGAGAUCAUCGAUUGCCCUUGCACGCUGGCUCAGGCCCGAGCCGACACAGGAAGGUUCCAUACUGAUUACGGCUGCGAUAUAGAGAAAGGAAGUGUGUGCACUUACCACCCGGGUAGUGUUCACUGCGUGAGAGCCAUACAAGCCAGUCCCAAGUAUGCAGCCGGGCAGCAGUGUUGCUACGACAGCAGUGGCGCUCAGGUGCUAACGGCAGACUCCAUCGGCGGCAGCACGCCAGACCGAGCCCACGAUUGGGGUUCGCCUCCUUACAGGAAGCCCCCAAGAGUCCCCGGACAGUCCCACUGGGUCUACGACGUCCUCAGCUUCUACUACUGCUGCCUGUGGUCCGACAACUGCCACUAUUACUUCAAACACCGGCCCUCCAGCGACUGUCGGCGCUACCAACCUCCCAACUCUGGUAUUUAUUUCUUUAUCAUCCACUCGCUGUGUCAGAUCAACACUAACCACGAGAUGCGUCUCGUAGCCGUGGUGUUUGGAGAUCCACACUUCAUAACUUUCGACGGAGUGCGCUACUCCUUCAAUGGCAAAGGCGAGUACAGAUUGUUGACGUCGGCCGGGAAAGGACUGGCAGUCCAAGGCAGAACAGAGCCGGUCAACGGGACGGCCGUCAACGCGACAAAACUGUCGUCCGUCGCCAUGAAAGAGGCGUCCUCCGAUGUCAUCGAGGUGCGACUGUUACCUGGUCACAGCCGCCUCCAGGUGCUGCAAAAUCAGAAAAGUAUUUUGUUCAACGAGCAAAGCUGGAUGGACCUCAAUGGGGUGUUUGUGUUUUCUCCUGUGGCUACAAACGUGACCGUCAUGUUCCCCAGCGGCGCCGGCGUUGAGGUGCGGCUCAGAGAGGGAACUCUCGCCGUUUCCGUGCUCCUACCCGAAGAAUUCCGAAACUCCACGGAGGGAUUGUUGGGAAACAUGAACGGCGACGCCACAGACGACCUCGUUGUCGACAUCGGUCAGCAGCUGGCAGACUACAGUGAUCCACAAGAGGUGUUUGACUUCGGGGCCAGCUGGGCUGUGUCCAACACAUCCGCCUUGUUUACGUAUGACUCCAAGUACCUUUUGGACACCUAUUACCAUUCCCCCAGGCACGACAACCAUUUUGUUCCUGUGUUUGUCGUCCACGAGAAUCCCGACGAUCCUCUCUACAACAUGGCGUCUGACAUUUGCUCUGGAGAUGGUUCUCAGUUCUGUCGGUAUGACAUUCUGGUUGGUCGUGAUCCAAAAAUGGGAAAGGCCUCCAAAAUAUCUUUCCUGAGUCACAUUUCUCUGGUGGAGGACUUAAAGCCAGUUAUUUCUUGCGGCUGGCUCGCACCGCCACCUAACGGCAGAAAGGAAGGCACUACCUAUUUGCAAGGGGCUAAAGUGCGGCUUUCCUGCGAUGACGGCUACACGCUGGAAGGAUCGUCCGAGCGCACCUGCCAGGGGGACGGACGUUGGUCGGGAGGGGACACGAGCUGCACGCCAUCAAGUAAUAUUGCCGGCAUUGUCGCUGGUUCAGUCAUUGGUGCCUUGACACUGAUUAUAAUCAUAACAACACUCGUCCUCCACUCCCGGAAAAAGAAAAGGAGACCGUCAAUAGACACAUGUACAAAUGCUGACCUCUAACCAGGAUUUUCUCUCCGUGCUAUCAACUAAGUAAACAAUAUUUGCUAAAACUCAUAUUACAGCUUCCCUGCAGUAUUAACACUCCAGUUUUGUCAAUGCCACAUUCAAAAAAUGGCCCUUGUGGGUUACAAUUCACUAUUACAGAUUACACUUAUUUUAUCAGUAUAUCGCCCUCAAACAGAUAUGUACAGUAAUGGCAUGUUAUAUACAUUUAAAGGGGAACUGCACUUUUUUUUUUUUAAAUGUUGCCUAUCGUUCACAAUCAUUAUGAAGGACGUGACGACGGAUGGAUUUCAUUUUUAUGCGUUCUAACUUUUAAAUAAAUGUAAAUAAAAGUCUUCUUAUAAUAGAGACAAUGUGAUGUCCUGUCUUCCGCCCAUUAAACCCAAAUACAUGAGUCAAUAAACAUUGGCUCUUAAAGAAAAACUGCACUUUUUUGGGGAAUUUUGCCUAUCGUUCACAAUCAUUAUGAAGGACGUGACUACGGAUGGAUUUUAUUUUUAUGCGUUCUAACUUUUAAAUAAAUGUAAAUAAAAGUCUUCUUAUAAUAGAGACAAUGUGAUGUCCUGUCUUCCGCCCAUAAAACCCAGAUAAAUGAGUCAAUAAACAUUGGCUCUUAAAGAAAAACUGCACUUUUUUGGGGAAUUUUGCCUAUCGUUCACAAUCAUUAUGAAAGACAUGACGGAAGAAUUUCUUUUUUUAAUGCAUUUUUACUCGUAAAUAAAAGUUGGCUUAUAGUGGAGUCAAUUAACUCCUCUAUUUUAUCCAUAAAAUCCAAUAAAUACCCAUCCAAAAACCGCCAACAAUACCCCAUUUACAUUUCGUUACUUGAAUAUUAACCAAGUAUUAGUAAUAUUGUUAUUAUAAGCCCUAACGCAGAUGGACUAUUUAUAGCGGCAAUGUGAUCGCCAGUUUAUGCUGCUAUGUUUACAACAUCGAGUGGUCAGCUGUUUCCUCGCUUCCCUGCUCCUUGGAAGUUUGUUGUAGAUCAUAAAUCAUGCCUCUCACCUGGAUAGUAGAAGGAUGAGGACGUAAUCCUACAAGUUGGUACACUUUAACAACAAAUUUAAACCCGGAAAUGACAAACGACACGAAAUGAUGCUUGAUUCCACCUGCCUUUUCUUCAUCUAAACAGGAAUAUAACAAGAUUCUAUCAGUCGGCAUCGCAAUGACCGCAGACAUUGUACAGUAAGUGAUAUUUUAAUAUGUUUGUUGGCUCUCAUGAAGUCUGCAGUGAGUAAUCAUCAGUGAUGUGGUUGAAAAAAAAAGGAACGUUGUAAUGCUUUUUUAAAUUAAUGCACAGCGUAUGCAUAAAAUGAGCAAAAUACGUAAAUAUUAAAUAUUAUUAUGAAUGUGCCUGCUAGUACAUUACAAGCGUGCAUAUAAAACUAAAAGAGGUGUUUGGAUGUUUUUUUUAAGGGCUUUUAUAGGCAGAAUUGUGCGACUGCCAUAGGCUCCAUUGUAAGUGGACUUUUAAUCGCAUCUAUUUACUAGCUAGAAUGCAUAAAAAAGAAAAAAAUGUGUUCUUGUCUUACAUAAGGAUUGUGAAUGAUAGGCAAAAUUCCCCCAAAAAGUGCAGUUCUCCUUUAAAGAUGUGCUACAUGAUGUUGUGUGGUAAACGCCGGUCCAAAACAAAGAUUAAAGUUCAUUACAGUUGUACACUAAAAGGCCUGUUAUGUGAUGCUGUGAAAUUACUUUAUGAUUGAUUUAUCAGAUAACAAGACUUUAGUUUGUUUCUGACUACUUCCUGGUUCAUUAAGGACGAUGAACACACGUGUGGUGGACAGAUGACAGGCCCAUUGAUGUUCCAUCGUGACUAAUGUAUUAUUGUGCAUGCAUCUUUAUCCAGAUUCUCGCCAAAACCUUCUUUGACCCAUGCAUGUGAC